AUGCCCGGGGUUGCCGCUGGUGAGGAGAUUGGAUCUGUGGCGACACUCAUCAAACAGUGUGGCUCUGAAACAAAUCACACUCGCAAACUAGUUUUGGGGAGCCAUAGAUUGCGGAAGAACAAAUACCUCGUCAAUCUCCUGAUCGAGAUGUAUGGGAAGACUGGCGAUUUGGAGGGAGCCCAGCGCGCAUUCCAAGCCUUAGAGGCGCCCAAUCUCUUCUCUUGCAACAUUCUCAUCCAGGCCUAUGCUCGCAAUGGCAAGUUCGAUCAAGCAAAAAACAUCUUUGAUGGGAUGGAGGACAAAUCGCCCGUGACUUGGAACACUCUUAUCAAAAUGUAUAGCGAGCAUGGAUUCCACGAACAAGCCAAGAUCCUCUUUCAUUCCAUGCCAGCACACACCCUCCUCUCGUGGAACCUGAUGCUUCAGGGAUAUUCCCAGUCUGGGAAUAUUGCCGAAGCCGAGAAUCUUUUCCAUUCAAUGCCACAGAAAGACAUUGUGUCCUGGACCGCGAUGCUGUCUGCCUAUACACACUCUGCCCACGUGUCAAAAGUGGAGUGGUUCUUCUCUUUGUUCCCCCAGUGGACCAUAGUCUCCUUUAACGCCAUGCUUGCGGCAUAUACCCAGGCCGGGCAUCUCCACAGCGCGAAGCUACUGUACGGAGAGCUCCCCGAGAGGGAUCUUGUGACGUGUACCACGCUCCUAGCGGUGUAUGGACAACACGGAGACGCUGUAAAUGCGUGGGGCGUGUUUGAGAAUAUGCCUCUACGAAAUAUUGUGACGUACAAUGCCAUGCUAGUGGCAUUUGCUAACUCUGGGCAUGUGUACGACACGGAUAUGCUCUUUCGAAGAAUGCCACAAUGGUGUACGGUAUCGUGGAACACUUUACUUGCCUGCCAUGCACAAGCGGGUAAGUUGGAAGCAACCCGGGAGAUUUUUGAGAAUAUUCCAGAAUGUAGUGUUGUGUCGUGGACGGCCAUGAUCUCCACGUACUCUCUCUAUGGCCACCUUGACCAGGCCGAGCAUCUUUUUGAUUCUAUGCCUGUGAGAAGCAUCGUUUCCUGGAACAAGAUGCUUGAAGCAUAUGCCCGAGCCGGGCAUCUUUCACAACUGUACGCUCUGCUUGAAAAGAUGCCAUACCUCGACAUGGCAUCGUGGACCAUUGCUAUCACGGCAUCGUGGAAGCAUGAUUGUCUCCAGCAGUCAGAAAAGAUGCUGGAGAAUCUGCCAUUUAAAAGCUUGGAAGCUUGCAAUGCCAUGCUUUCUGCGUAUUCCCAGUCCGGGCUUGUAGAACGAGCUGAGCAUUUGUUUGAAUCAAUGCCCGAUAGGGAUGCUAUUUCGUGGACUUCCAUUAUAAUCUGUGGCGCUCGAGCCCAAACUUCUACGUUUUCCUUUGAGAUGUUCCAAAGAAUGGCUAUGGAAGGUGUGGUUCCUGACCAUGUUUCCUUUGCAGCAAUUAUUUCUGCUUGCAAUCACUUGGGCCGUGUCUGUGAUGGCCUGAGGUUCUUCCUUGCCAUGGCUGGAGACUACGAGAUUUCAGCAACACCGGAGCUCUUGAUUUGUGUGGAGGAUCUCCUUGUUCGUGCUGGGGACGCAAAGUUUCUCCAAAAUCCUGAAAGGUUUCGUUGCAGGUUAGAUGUGGAUUCUUCCAAACUGUACAUUCUUCUUUCAACCAUGUUGCGCACUAGUGUACAAACUUCGUAA